AUGGUCGCUAUAAUCUCGUUCCUGAAAAGUCAAGAAGCCAAUCAUCGUUAUCACGGUGUCAAGAUACAAUUCGCACCCUUUACUACCACCCCUUUCAUACUGCAGGAACAAGAAGAAUUAUUUCUCGCCAACCCUCAUCCUCAUCUAGGGAGUCAGAAGUUAGGCACGACGAUGCGUACCGGUCACUCGCGAUUCUUUCAUGGCGAGUGGAAAGCGGAAAAAUCGAGACGCGAGAACGCGAGUUGUGAGCCUUCGCGAGUCGGUAACACUAGAUUACAGGAGGUUGGGUAUAUACCUAUUUUGCCUGAAAUGAGUCAAUCUGACUCAAACAUCGAAAUUGAAAUUUUUGCGAGGCAAUACGACCCUCAUUCGUCAGGGUUGAGUGACAGUACUUGGGACUCGGCUAACAGGGGGCCUGUUCCAACGGCGGUGACGGAUCCGAGGGACGGUAGGAGAGUGGCCUUGAAGAAACUGCCGAACGUCUUUCAGAGCCUCGUGAGCAGCAAACGGGUCUUCAGGGAGCUGAAGAUGCUCUGCUUCUUCAAACACGAAAACGUCCUCUCGGCCCUGGACAUCCUUCAGCCACCGCACCUGGACUUCUUCCAAGAAAUAUACGUGAUCACGGAGCUGCUUCAGAGCGACCUGCACAAGAUCAUCGUCAGCCCUCAGCAUCUCAGUCCCGAUCAUAUCAAGGUCUUCCUGUACCAGAUCCUCCGAGGCCUCAAAUACCUUCACUCGGCCAGAAUCCUGCACAGGGACAUCAAGCCAGGGAACCUGCUCGUGAACAGCAAUUGCGUACUGAAGAUCUGCGACUUCGGUUUGGCCCGAGUGGAAGAGCCGGAUCAGAACAAGCACAUGACCCAGGAAGUGGUGACGCAGUAUUAUCGUGCGCCGGAAAUCCUGAUGGGAGCGCGACACUACACAGCCGCCGUGGACGUUUGGAGCGUAGGUUGCAUUUUCGGCGAGCUCCUUCGUCGGCGGAUCCUCUUCCAGGCACAUAGUCCUGUGCAACAGCUGGAACUGAUCACGGAAUUGCUGGGCACGCCGACCCUCGAGGACAUGAGGUUCGCGUGCGAGGGUGCGAGAUCCCACAUACUGAGGCGCGCACCGAAGCCACCCUCGCUGACGGCCCUCUACACCCUUAGCAGCCAGGCGACGCACGAGGCCGUCCAUUUGCUCUGCCAGAUGCUAGUCUUCGAUCCUGACAAGAGGAUCACCGUGGUGGAUGCACUGGCGCAUCCUUAUCUGGACGAAGGGAGACUGAGAUAUCACUCGUGCAUGUGCACGUGCUGCUACACGACCAGCGGCGGCCUGAGACAGUAUACGGGUGACUUCGAGCCGGCCACGUCCCAUCCGUUCGACGAUCUCUGGGAACGGAAGCUCACCACCGUGCAGCAGGUGAAAGAGGAAAUGCACAAAUUUAUAGCGGAACAGCUGAACACGUCGCGCGUGCCGCUCUGCAUAAAUCCGCAGUCCGCGGCGUUCAAGAGCUUCGCAAGCUCCACGGUGGCUCAUCCCUCGGAAUUGCCACCCUCUCCUCACCAGUGGGAAUAAAAAUCUUCUCCGAAAUCGCGAACACGGAUGACGAAUGCGCGGCCGACUAUUCGCUUCACGCGAAGAGACGUUGAAGAAUUUUCGACAGCCUGAGGAAGAAGAUGAAGA